AUGGCAAGUCUUCAAGUUUCAGGCAUGGUGGUUUCAGGUUCUUCAUCCUCUUGUUGCAGUCAUAAAACAUUAGUUAGAGCCACUAUAAAUGGACCGAAAAUCCGGAUCGGCUCUCUAUCUCUACCAAGGCUAUCUAGCAAAGACUUUAUUGAAGAACUGAGCAUUAGAUCAGAUGGUUAUGGAAUUCCGGUAACUACACAAAUGGAGAAGAGAUUCGGUCCCAAGACCAGUAGUUCUGAUCCAGUGGUGGUUGCCAAGCUUUACGCAAUCAUGGAGGCUGUGGCAGAUAGAAUUGAGAUGCACGAGAACAUUGGAGAGCAAAGAGAUAACUGGAACCACCUGCUUUUGAGUUCCAUUCAUGCUAUGACUCUCACCGCAGCCACCAUGUGUGGACUUGCAGCUGCUAGUGCAAGUGGUGAACCAUUUGCAGGACUCAAGGUAUCUUCGACGAUACUAUAUCUUGCAGCAACCGGAAUGUUGGCGAUAAUGAAUAAGAUCCAGCCUUCACAACUUGCUGAAGAGCAAAGGAAUGCUGCUAGGUUGUUUAAGCAGCUUCACGGCCAGAUUCAAACUUUGUUGUCCGUUGGCACUCCUACUGCUAGUGAUGUCAACGAAGCAACGGAGAAUGUUUUGGCUUUAGACAAGGCAUAUCCACUUCCAUUAUUAGGCGCCAUGCUUGAAAAAUACCCAUCAAGUGUAGAGCCUGCAGUUUGGUGGCCUCAACAAAGGCGAAAACAAGCGAAAGGGCUCGGUAGGAAGAUAGAAGGAAAUGGGUGGAAUAGGGAGUUGGAAGAUGAAAUGAGAGAAAUUGUUGGGGUUUUGAAGAGAAAAGACAAGGCAGAUUACUUGAGAUUGAGUGAAAAGGCCUUGAAAGCUCACAAAAUGCUGGCGUUCUCUGGUCCUCUACUUACCGGUCUUGGAGCUUUGGGGUCAGCUUUCGUAGGAACUACCAACCCAUGGGCUGUGAUAUUAGGAGUUGCUGGUGGUGCCUUGGCAAGCGUAGUGAAUGCACUGGAGCAUGGAGGCCAAGUUGGGAUGGUAUUUGAGAUGUAUAGAAGCAAUGCAGGUUUCUUUAAGCUCAUGGAAGAAUCUAUAGAAUCAAACAUAAACGAGACAAAUGUAUGGGGAAGAGAAAAUGGACAGGUGUAUGAAAUGAAGGUGGCAUUACAGCUAGGCAGGAGCCUAUCAGACCUCAGAGACCUUGCAGCUUCAUCUUCUUUAAGAAAUAUUGAGGAUACUGAAGAAGAAUUUGGAAGCAAGCUUUUCUAG